AUGGAUUCGGUAGAACUUUGCCUUCCUGAGUCUUUUUCCUUGCACUACGAAGAAGAGCUUCUCUGCAGAAUGUCAAGCAAGGAUCGACACAUUGAUUCUAGCUGUUCGUCAUAUAUCAAGACGGAACCAUCGAGCCCCGCUUCCUUGACGGACAGCAUCAAUCACCACAGCCCUGGUGGCUCCUCUGACGCCAGUGGGAGCUACAGUUCAACCAUGAAUGGACACCAGAAUGGGCUAGAUUCACCACCACUCUACCCUUCUGCCCCGGGUCUUGGGGGUAACGGGCCCGUCAGGAAACGAUACGAUGACUGCUCCAGUACCAUUGCUGAAGAUUCACAAACCAAGUGUGAAUACAUGCUGAACUCAAUGCCCAAAAGACUGUGUUUGGUGUGUGGUGACAUUGCGUCAGGGUACCACUAUGGGGUGGCUUCAUGUGAGGCCUGCAAGGCUUUCUUCAAGAGGACAAUUCAAGGUAACAUAGAAUACAGCUGUCCGGCGACAAAUGAAUGUGAAAUCACAAAGCGCAGGCGCAAGUCCUGCCAAGCUUGUCGCUUCAUGAAAUGUCUAAAAGUCGGCAUGCUGAAAGAAGGGGUGCGCCUAGACAGAGUACGUGGUGGUCGCCAGAAGUAUAAACGCAGAAUAGAUGCAGAGAAUAGCCCAUACCUGAAUCCUCAGCUAGUUCAGCCAGCCAAAAAGCCAUAUAACAAGAUUGUCUCUCAUUUGCUGGUGGCUGAACCAGAGAAGAUCUAUGCUAUGCCUGACCCCACUGUGCCAGACAGUGACAUCAAAGCCCUCACCACUCUUUGUGACCUGGCAGACAGAGAACUGGUGGUCAUCAUCGGAUGGGCUAAACAUAUUCCAGGAUUUUCCACUUUAUCGCUUGCUGACCAGAUGAGCCUUCUGCAGAGCGCUUGGAUGGAGAUUUUGAUUCUGGGAGUUGUGUACAGAUCACUUUCUUUUGAGGAUGAGCUUGUCUAUGCUGAAGAUUAUAUUAUGGAUGAAGAUCAGUCCAAAUUAGCAGGCCUUCUUGACCUCAACAAUGCCAUCCUGCAACUGGUAAAAAAAUACAAGAGCAUGAAGCUGGAGAAGGAAGAGUUUGUCACCCUCAAAGCUAUCGCGCUUGCUAAUUCAGACUCAAUGCACAUAGAAGAUGUCGAAGCCGUUCAGAAACUUCAAGAUGUCUUGCACGAGGCAUUGCAGGAUUACGAGGCCGGGCAGCAUAUGGAAGACCCACGCCGGGCGGGCAAGAUGCUGAUGACUCUGCCACUGCUAAGGCAAACCUCCACUAAAGCUGUGCAGCACUUCUACAACAUCAAACUGGAAGGCAAAGUCCCCAUGCACAAACUUUUUUUGGAAAUGCUGGAAGCCAAGGUCUGACUAAAGCAUCCUGGGCCUUCCAGUUGUGCACACUGAAAUUUUAAAGAAAGGGAAAACAAACAGGGGAAAAAAAGAACAGCAAAGAAACUUUAGUGUUUAAAUUAAGGAAACUAAAAUGACUGCACUGAUACUUAGCAGCAAGACUGAGAAGCAGCUUUCACCUCUUUAUAAUCUGUGUCUUAUCUGAUGCAGCUUUCCUUCUACAUUUCUCUCUUCUUUUCCUGUUCUUAUUUUUUCCCCCUUUUCUUCGUUACUUUCCCCCCUUUGCUGCUGAAUCUUUUAAAAAGAGGUCUCUAAUAGAAGAGAGAUGGAAGCCAGGCCUGCCAAAGGAUGGAAAUCCAUAAUAUGGAUGCCAGUGAACUUAUUACGAACCACAAUACCCCAAUGACAAAGGAAUCAAAAGAGAACCAUCGUACCUAGCAGUACAGUACAGUACAACACGAUGAACUGACUGAAUGCAGUAUUAGGUUUCACGAGAGCAGCCUCUAAUUAGACGACUUCGAUGACAAUGCAUUGGCUGCUUCUUAUCAUGGCAUUUUCCAUCUAGAUCAGU